AUGCAGGCAAGCAUCUACUCCUCAAAGAUUGAAGAGGUGCAGCCGCUGAUCGAGGUGCUGCGCGCCGUGGGGCAGGAGCGCGGCAAGAGCCCUGCGCAGGUGGCGCUCAACUGGCUCAUCUGCAAGGGCGCGCUGCCGAUUCCCGGCGCCAAGAACGCCAAGCAGGUCCAGGAGAUUGCGGGCGCGGUGGGGUGGCGGCUGGAGGAGGGGGAGGUGCUGGAGCUGGAGAAGGCCGCGGACAGGGUCAAGGCACCGCUGGGGGCGCCCUUUGAGAACUGGUAG